AUGCAUUUGUUUGAUGUUUAUAAGGUUAUGAUUUUGAUUCUUGAACGUUCUGAUGGCAUUGUGUCCGUUGACCUUGUUCAUGUGACACAAUUUGAUGCUAAUGUAAGGCAGUUGAAGAGUGUCGUGAAUUCCUUUUCCUUUUCAUUCUCAAAAGGGCUGCUGUUGGUUGGUUGUCAAAGCAUGGCAUCUAGUCAUCCAUUCUUUGAUGAUAUACGUAGCAGAUCUAGUGUUGAUCCUCCUCAAACGGAAGAGCCAACUGAAAUUGGUGAACUUGUGAAUGAACCUCUGCAGACUGCUCUUAAACCUCAUGGGACUGUUUCAAGCAGUGUUCGUGAGCUAUUAGAGUGCCCUGUGUGUUUAAAUGCUAUGUACCCUCCAAUUCACCAGUGUUCAAAUGGUCACACUUUAUGCUCUGGUUGCAAACCCAGAGUCCAUGAUCGGUGUCCUACAUGUAGGCAUGAGCUAGGAAAUAUCAGAUGUCUGGCACUGGAAAAGGUGGCUGCAUCAUUAGAACUUCCCUGUAAAUAUCAAGGUUUUGGGUGCAUGGGCAUAUACCCAUAUUACAGCAAGCCAAAGCAUGAAUCUCAAUGUGUAUUUAGACCUUAUAAUUGUCCAUAUGCUGGUUCAGAAUGCUCUGUUAUGGGUGAUAUACCUUACCUGGUAACCCAUCUGAAAGAUGAUCAUAAAGUGGACAUGCACAAUGGUUGUACUUUUAAUCAUCGCUAUGUCAAAACAAAUCCACAAGAAGUUGAAAAUGCCACAUGGAUGUUAACGGUUUUCAGUUGCUUUGGUCAGUACUUCUGUCUACAUUUUGAAGCUUUUCAGCUAGGAAUGGCACCUGUCUACAUAGCGUUUUUGCGGUUUAUGGGCGAUGACAACGAGGCAAAGAACUACACCUACAGUCUUGAGGUUGGUGGAAAUGGGAGGAAGAUGAUUUGGCAAGGUGUGCCUAGAAGCAUUCGGGAUAGCCACCGGAAGGUUCGUGACAGUUUUGAUGGUCUCAUCAUUCAGAGAAACAUGGCUCUAUUCUUUUCUGGGGGUGACAAGAAGGAACUGAAACUGCGAGUCACCGGAAGAAUUUGGAAAGAGCAGUGA